AUGAAUGAAUGGGAGGUGGUAGAGAAUGCAAAAUUGGAAUGGACUGAAUAUGAGUCCACUCUUGCUCCUCCCAGAUUAUCAGUUGUUCAGGAUGAUAAGGCUGCUCAAUUUUGUGAGGAUCAUCAUGUUGCUAGGGUAGGUCAGUGGGUUAUCAUUGUCAGUGCCCAAAUAUCUUCUUUUGAUCUUAUUUUGGUGGAAUGCAAAGCUCAGAGGGAUGGAGAAUCAGACAUAUAUUUUAAUGGUAGUCUGGGGUGUGCUCAUGAUCCUGAAAUUAUGUGGCAGGAAGCAGUUAGAUGGGUUCUCCUUCAAGCUGUUCAGUUAGGUUGGAAGAAUAUCAGAUGCUCCCUAGACUUCAAGACUCUGGUGACAAAGCUCAACAAAAAAAAGGCUGUUACGGCUGAUUCCGGAUGUAAGGGGUAUGAAUGA